CAGGACGUCCGGAGGGAUAUUUAUCGCACUGGUGUUGUUGCCAAGACUCCCAGGAAGAACCUGGAGUCUCUGGAAAACAUCCCGAAGAUGUGGAGUGGGAAAUCGUUGAAGAAAUUGAGGGAACUCGUAGGGGAUCCCGUGACAGAGGACAGUACACAGUGGAUUGAUAAGCUCCUACACGAGUUCCUAGAUGAAGUUGGGAGUCGGGGAUACAAACUCAAAGACCUGCCUGACAUCGUGGCAGUCCUGGAGUUCCUCGCGUGGAAGACGAGGGAAAUUCCCGAGUACCAGGAGCCCCUGCUGAUGAUAUUAGACGCCAUCCGUCGUCCUCCGGAGGUGGAGAAGCCCUCGGAGAACCUCACGAGCUCUGAAGUCCUUCAGCAUUACUUCACGCAUCUGGGGUGUUUAUUAAUUCUCCUGCCGAGACAGGAGGAGAUUGUAAAACUCCUUGCCUCUCUUCACGGGCUGUUAACUCGCCCAAAGCACCCGGACGUAGCCACAAUUAAAUUAGAAUAUUUGCUGGAGGCUGUGGAGAACUCCAGUCUUCCAGGGAUUCUCUGCAGAUUAAUUGAUAAUUGUCCUACAGAAGUAUUGAAGGACCUUCUGGAAGUUAUUUGUCAUUUAGCGAUGACAUCAGAAAUCUUUUAUCGUUUGUUAAAUAACGACUGCCAUGAAAUGCUGAGAGAAAAUAUUCUAAGUUGCCUCCUACCAAAAUUAGAAUAUUUAUUCAAAAACUUUCACGAAAAAAAUGAAAAAGAUGAAGUCAUCCUGAUAACGCGAGUCCUCUGGGCAUUGAUGCGAUCGAUGCAACCCUCGGAGGACUUCCCCCGAGGUCUACGAACACGAAAAAAUCCCGGUUAUUUAAUUAAUUGCAGUUCCCUGAAGAAUGUCUUUACCACAAGUGUUAGAGCGUCUUCUUCAAAUUCUAAUCUGAAGAAGAUCCGAAACGAUCUAGCGAUGAUAAUCCUCGCUGGAGCGGUAGCAAUGCCCUCCUGGAAUCUCGUCAGUUCUGGAUUAGCAACUGAAGUCAUAAUUCCACUAAAAUCGUUACAAAUCCCUGCGACUCAAGAAGAUCUGUUCUUCGUGAAGAUUCUCCUAGCCAUCUCCUGCCACCUCGUCACCUCGCACUUUUGCGUUUCCGUAAUUUCAUUUCGCACUCAUUAUGUUUUCCUUAUACUUCUCCCACGGAGAUGACUCCCUGAAUUCCAUGGAAGUGAACUAGUACCAAAUUUCCCACAGAUGAUGAAAGAGAACGAAGUGAUUUCCGGAAUUUUGCGACUGCUACCCAUCGACGAGGAGCAAAAAAAUUUCGACUCCUCUCAUUUGAUU